AUGGCCCUGCCCACGCCGCCUACCACAACUCAAAAUCUGAUCAACAAUGAAUUCGGCGUGUCCAAGACGAGAGUCUGGAUGAAGGUCCUGGAUCCUGCGUCACAGAAGCUGCUCGCCCGGGUGCCGGAUUCAACUCCAGCAGAGAUCCAAAAAGCCGUGACGGUGGCGGACGCGGCGCAGACAGCGUGGGCGUCGUUGCCUAUAUCGAAACGGAAAGCCCUGCUUUUCUCCCUGCUGGGUAUUUUGCAGCAGCACACGGUCGACUUUCAACAGUCACUGCAGCUCGAGGUGGGGAAGACACUGCAGGACGCCGAGUCGGAAUUCGAGAGAGGAAUUGAUGCUAUCCACACCGCGUGCUCAGCCACGGCCGAGAUGAAUGGCAAACACUGGACCACCAAUUCGACAGAGACCUACACGAUCCACCAGCCCGUCGGCGUCUGCGUAAUCAUCACUCCCUUUAAUUUCCCUUUUAUGAUCCCUCUGUGGUCGAUCCCCUACGCGGUCAUCACCGGCAACACAGUGGUCUUGAAACCUUCCGAAAAGGCCCCUUCGACUGCUAACCUUCUAGGGAGAUGCUUCGUGCAGGCGGGUUUUCCCCCUGGAGUGAUAAAUAUCAUUCAUGGAUCGUCGGUGACCGUAGACAAAUUGCUCUCGCAGCCUCUCGUCAGCGCGGUAUCCUUUGUGGGUUCCGAACUGGCUGGAGAACGAGUCUACGAGCACGCCAAAGCCACCAGAAAGAGAAUCCAAGUCGAGGUCAGUGGGAAAAACCACGGGAUUGUGCUGGAGGAUGCGUCAAAGACAAAGACUCUCUAUGCCAUUGCCGGGAGCGCAUUUGGGGCCGCGGGUCAGAGGUGUAUGGCGCUGAGUGUCAUGCUCUGCGUCGGGUCGACCAAGGAAUGGAUCGACGAUCUCGUCCAGCUGGCCGGGUCGCUCAAAGUCGGCUGCGGUUCUGAUCCUGGCACCGAAGUCGGCCCCUUGAUCACGGCCGCUGCAAAAGAGAGAGUGGAAGACAUGAUCGACCUUGCCGAAGCCGAAGGCGCCCAGGUCGUGCUGGACGGACGAAAAUAUUGCGUGCCCGAAUACCCCGAGGGGAACUUUGUUGGGCCCACCAUCAUCACCAAAGUGCAGACGUCUAUGCAGUGCUACCAGGACGAGAUCUUUGGGCCUGUCCUCGUGUGCAUCGAGGUCGACACCCUGGACGAGGCCAUCGAGAUAGCAAACGAGAACCGGUACGGCAACGGAUGCUCGCUGUUUACGACCGAUCCUGUCCAUGCUCAGACUUUCCAGCGCAAAAUAAACAUAGGCCAGAUUGGAAUCAAUGUUCCGGUUCUGGCGGCUUCGGGUCCUGUUGCAAGAACAGCAAACAAAGACUCAUUCCUGGGAGACAAUGAAUGUGGACGGAGCCCGUGGCAGUUCUUCACAAUGCCCAGAACUGUCACAGCGCUGUGGCGGUGA